AUGCGAGCUGUUGUGCUUCUCCUCUUGGUGGCCUCGGCCUGCGCUGAGGUGUAUGACCGUUGUGAGCUGGCCAGGAUACUCAAGGCUAAUGGAAUGGAUGGCUACUGGGGAAUUAGUCUUGCCAACUGGAUGUGCCUUGCCGAAUGGGAGUCUCACUACAAUACUGAUGCCAUUCACCAUGACUCGGACGGAUCAACUGACUACGGAAUCUUCCAGAUCAACAGCCGCUGGUGGUGCAACGAUGGUCACUCAGUAACCUCAAAUGCCUGUGGAAUCAGCUGCUCAGAGCUGCUGAGCCCCAAUCUGAGUGUGGCCAUUGAGUGUGCCAAGCGUGUCGUGAGAGACCCCAAUGGCAUCAGUGCUUGGGUGGCCUGGCGUACUCACUGUCAGGGGCAGGACUUGAGCUCCUAUGUUGCUGGCUGUGGGGUCUGA